UGAACGCCUUGGCUUGAUUCUACCACCAUCUCUUCCGAAACGAGACGUUCCUGACCAGAUUCAAUUAUGGCCGCGUACUUUUUUGCCUCUCCUAUUGACGUGGAUAUCAGGCUGGAUGGCGAAGAAACUAGGAAGCAGGUAGAGAUCAAGGGAGAGAAGGACAAGAUCAUAUCAUGUCCUGUUUACUAUGACGGUGACUCUGUUGGUGGCCAGGUAGCCAUCCGGGUUCGUGACGGCAAGAAGAUAUCUCAUGACGGCAUCAAGGUCGAGUUCGUUGGCAGCAUUGAGCUUUUCUACGACCGCGGACACCACCAAGAGUUCCUCUCACUCUCCCAAGAACUCGCUGCACCGGGAGAAAUGAGACAAGCGCAGACGUUCGACUUUAAUUUCAAGAACGUGGAGAAGCAGUUUGAGAGCUACCAGGGUAUCAAUGUGAAACUGCGCUACUUCAUUCGGGUGUCGAUUUCACGGCGAAUGGCGGACGUGACCAAAGAGCGAGACCUAUGGGUCCAUUCCUUCCGCAUGCCGCCAGACAGCAAUAACUCAAUAAGGAUGGAAGUCGGGAUCGAGGACUGUCUACAUAUUGAGUUUGAGUAUAAUAAAUCAAAAUACCACCUCAAGGACGUUAUUGUCGGGAAGAUCUACUUCCUUCUUGUACGCAUUAAGAUCAAGCAUAUGGAACUCUCUAUUAUUCGACGAGAAACGACGGGCUCACCACCAAACCAGUACAACGAGAGCGAAACCAUCACAAAGUAUGAAAUAAUGGACGGAGCGCCUGUCCGAGGAGAAACUAUUCCUAUAAGGUUAUUCCUGGGCGGCUUUGAACUGACACCAACCUUCCGUGACGUGAACAAGAAGUUCAGCACACGCUACUAUCUCAACCUCGUUCUCAUCGACGAAGAAAAUCGUCGAUAUUUCAAACAACAGGAAAUCACUAUUUUUAGGAUACCGGAUAACUAGUCUACUGUACUGUACCUCAAUAUUUUGUUAUACAUCUGUAUUCAUUCACCCUGGAAUAUUCGCUAGUGGUGAUCCGACGGUAAUCUACAUCGUCUUUUCACACCUGCCGGUAAAUUCAGGUGCAUAUACUUACACUGAGAACGAGAAUUGAUCACAAUAUUGCAAAGCUGGGCAUUCUUUUACCUGUACCUAUAUUUCUCACUAUUCUGUCAGGAAGCUUGCGAUG